CAUCAUCAAUAUCAUCACCUUUUCGAUCUAUUUGAUCUGUGGAAGCAUACCAAAGUGGGGUAUGUCUGAUUUGGUGGCAAAGCAUGAAGAGAAACGAAGCAGCGCCCAGCAGUCACCCUCCUCUCGCCUUCCAAUUGGAAGCCGGAAGGAUAUAUGCUUAAAUCGCUCUUCAGCAUUAACGUCGAAAUCAGCUAUGGACAAGAUCAUCGAGGAUCAGUGGACCCAGGCCCUCGCCACCCUGACCGGUUCUGUCUCUCCUGACAGAAACUACAAAGCCUCAAAGGGGGUCCUUGAUAAGCUUGCGUUGGUAUAAAACGAUAUGUUCAUAUCGACCUGGAAAUAAAGGCGCAUCAUGAUCUCAACCGGAUAGUAACUGCAACCCAACCUCGCACUCUAGGCGACUUCAAUGCUCAUGACAGCAAUUGAUCCCGAAAUUCCACCCGACAAACCAGCUAAGGUCAAAGGAAAUAUAAGCCUUUUGAUAAGGAAAGGCCUGGCUGGUUGGGCAGGGGCGUCGCUGCUAGACGCAUUCCACAGGGAUGCGAUGGAGAAUGUAGUUCCACUUUUGCAGGACAUGGAAUUGCAGUACCAAGAGUACAUCUCUGCGGGAACACCCUAUAGCGGAUCUGCUGAAUGGGUCAUCCCAGCAUUCUACAACAUCGUACAUAUGGUCCACGCACGUUUCACAAAAUCGCGAAUGUUAGCCUACAUAUUCGACGAGCGUCUUCGGCCAGCUGCAGACAGAGACCCGCCACUUGAUAUCUCGUCGCUCAAAGUCACAUCUAGAUUCCUGACAGACUUCUCAGCAGAACUAGCGAUCCGCCUGCCCCCCUCCUUUGACGAAGUCGCAUAUCUCUAUUUCGAGACCGUCUUCAGGCAAUACGAGGAGGUCCACGGUGAUAUGGCUCCUGGCCACAUAGCAGACAUGGCGGGCCAUUACACCAGGCAAGGACGGGACCCACAAACCGAGAUCACGGGACAGCACCUUGGCAAGAAGCGGAGGCGGGUUAUGCAGGAUGGUCGCUUUGCCAUGGACUUGUUUGUAGACGAUAAGGAUGACGAGCUGGUGGAGCAGAUAUUCCAUGGCGGCACCGGCACAGCGGACGUCGAGGCCUUGGAGAAGGAGGAUCAUAUGCAGACUUAUCUGGAUCUCUGUCAAAGACUGGAAGAGAUAGGGUUCGCCUCACACAUGACGGAUGUCGUAACGAGGAUGCUCUACAAAAGAGUGGAGAGUAAGAUCUUAACCUCAUUCAAAAAGAGGUGGAGUGUGGCCACGCUGGAGAGCGGUAAAGACUGGAUGAGCCGUGUGAUACUGCCAUUCCUUCGCCUCACGCUUCUCCCGAGAAAGGGUCGAGAGGACCCGACAGGAAGAAAGAGAUACAAGAUGUGGGCCAGUCGUCUGGAAUUCUACUUUUUCAAGACCUUUGGCGACGUACGCAUUAAAGAGUUUUUCGAUAUCAUCGUCGAAUGCCCGGAUUCGAAGCCUGCUGUACUGGAUCUGAAAACAUGUAUCGAGUGGACAGGCCAACGCGAUCAACUUCAGAACGCCAUCCUAGCUGCGAUGGAAAAACGAUUGCUUCACCCGGGAGCAGAAACGACGGAUAUCAUCGAAUUUUACAUCUGUACGAUUAAAUAUCUCAGGAUACUGGAUCCCUCAGGAGUCAUGCUGGAUCGUGCUGCUCGCGCGAUUAACCAAUACCUAAGAACGAGAGAUGAUACCAUGCGGGCCAUUGUAUCAUGCAUUGUUGAUGAUUCGAGCGAUCUCUUGACGAAUUCUACAGAAGGGAUUCAGAGCAAUGUGGAGGCGGACGACGAGGGAUCCGAUGACGAUACAUGGGUACCGGAACCUGUUAAUGCUGGUCCAGAUCUGAGCUCGGCGAGAAGAAGAAUGGCGGACAUUAUCAGCGUCCUUGCCAACAUUUAUGACACUAAUGAUCGAUUCAUUGAGGAAUUCCAGACUAUUCUUGCCGACAGGCUACUGCACGCUACAGAUUUCAAGAUCGAUCGAGAAAUCCGUCAGCUGGAGCUGCUGAAAUUGCGAUUCGGAGAGACAGAUCUUCAGCACUGCGAAGUGAUGCUGGCAGAUAUCGCAGAGUCGAAGCGCGUCAACGCCAACAUUCAAACGCUCCUUCCGGACAUGACUGUGAGCGCAACUAUUGCCUCGAGAUACUAUUGGCCUGAAAUUGAGUCCGAGUCGCUGGAACUCCCAGAUCCUUUCAAACGAUUGCUGGAAUCUUACAAGGCCACCUUCCAGACAACGAAACCUGCACAGAAGCUGGAACUGUUCAUCUCCAUGGGACUAGUUGACCUGGAGCUUGAGCUGGAGGAUCGGACCCUCCAAUUCCAAGUCGAGCCAGUCUAUGCCUCCAUUAUAUAUCUAUUCGAGGAACAGGAUUCAUGGACAUUGUCAGCGCUAUCGGCAAAGCUUCAAGUUACAGAAGACAUUCUUGAGCAAAGGGUUCAGUUCUGGAUCCGUGAAGGUGUGCUGAAAGAGUCGGAUCGUCUUCAGUACCACCUCAUCGAAAAUGCAUCCUCUCUGUAGCAUAUCUUAGACGACAUCUGCAAAAUACAUAUA